AAGUUUAUGUCGGGUCUGAAAAGCGCUCAGAAAUUACGGAAAAAAAAACUCCAAUACUUUUUACGGACUGAUAAAAAAGAAAUUUCAAUAUGAUUGCUGUUUUUUAUUUUUAUGAAAUUAAAUUAAACGAGACUCAAAUUUGAACCAGCUAAUGAAGUACUGGGCCACAAUUUUUUGAAAUUCUAAAACAAGCGAAAACUCCAAAUUCAGCUUUAUCGAGUAACUUAUUUCCCAGGUAUACAAUUGGGUGACUGCGUUGUUGUUGUUGUUGUUGUUGCUGUUGCUGGGAAAUUGUAAAUUGAUUACUGGGUAUGACUAUUCUCAGCAGAUUCUUUCACAAAAGACCUCCUGAUGGAUUGCUUGAAUUUGUUGAUAGAGUUUAUGUUUUUGAUACUUGUUUUUCUACGGACGUUCUGCGGGAUGGAAUUUACCAAAUUUACCUACACGAGGUCAUGAAUGAGUUGCAUGAGGAAUUUCCUGAUUCAUCCUUUCUUGCUUUUAACUUUCGAGAAGGUCAAAAGCGUAGUCUGUUUGCAGAGACAUUAUGUGGAUAUGAUGUUACAGUACUGGACUACCCUAGGCAAUAUGAGGGAUGCCCUGUGUUGCCAUUGUCUCUGGUACAUCACUUUCUUCGUGUUUCUGAUGGGUGGCUUUCUGGGUGUAAUCAGCAUAAUAUUAUUUUGCUGCAUUGCGAGAGAGGUGGCUGGCCACUCUUGGCGUUUCUUUUAGCGAGUUUUUUGAUAUUCAGAAAACUUCAUAGUGGUGAAAGGAGGACGCUUGAGAUGGUCCAUCGUGAGGCACCAAAAGGAUAUUUAAAGCUGUUAUCUCCCCUGAACCCGUUUGCGUCUCAGCUCCGCUAUCUUCAAUAUGUCUCAAGGAGGAAUUUAUCUUCAGAGUGGCCACCCCCUGAGCGUAUACUUUCCUUGGAUUGUCUUAUUCUUCGAGGAAUUCCUAGCUAUGAUAACCUUAAAGGCUGUAGGCCUGCCAUCCGCAUCUUUGGCAGAAACCUCCAUAAUAAAGAUGGCUUAUCAACUCAGAUGCUUUUCUCUAUGUCUAACAAGAAAAAGAGCCUUAGACAUUACCAGCAGGCAGAUUCUGAUGUGAUUAAAAUUGAUAUCCAGUGUGUGGUGCAAGGGGAUGUUGUACUUGAAUGUGUCCAUUUAGACUUGGACCUAGAACGAGAGGUUAUGAUGUUCAGAAUAAUGUUCAACACUGCUUUUAUUAGGUCAAACAUUUUAAUACUAAACUGUGAAAACUUGGAUAUUCUCUGGGAUGCCAAGGAACAAUAUCCUAAAGGUUUCCGAGCUGAGGUACUGUUUGGUGAAAUUGAGCGACUGUCUCCCUUGAAGGAGCCAAUAGCAGUUCUAAAUGGUGAAGAGAGGGGUGGAUUGCCUAUAGAAGCAUUUUCAGCAGUUCAGGAACUUUUUAAUGGUGCAGAGUGGGUCGAUAAUAGUGAUGAUGCUACUUUGUGGUUGCUCAAACAACUAUCUGUUUUACAAAGCAGGCUAAGCUCAAAUACGUCGCCUGCUGAUUCAGAAGAGGCAUCGAGUGUUGCUGAUUCAGAUUUUAUGGAGCCUGAAAACUUUUAUGAAUCAUCUAACACAAGUAUGACAAACUUUCUUGAUGAUCCCUUGUCUCAUGAUUCUGCGUCGGAUGAAGCAUCAGAUAUUCUAUCCAAUCCUUCUGGAGAUAGAAGUUUAGUCCAACAUAGUGUUAAUUUGGACCUUGACAAUGACGCUUUACAUGAUAUUCCCACUCAGCUGGAAAAUGUUCCAGAGGUUACUGUUACUCAUCAAUCACUAAUUGAUGUCGAAGAAAGUGCAUCUCCACCUUCACUUGUCCCUGAUACAAACAAGCAGGAACUUUUGCCUGCACAAUCACCACCUCCACUUCCUACUAAAUCAAGUACAGGAUUACCUCCACCACCACCACCACCUCCACCUCCACCUCCACCACCACCUCCACCAGCACAACUUAGCAAUCCCACUAGGGGUGCUUCACCUCCCUUGCCACCGCCUCCACCUCCCUUGCCUCCAGCUCAGUACAUGAGUUCAAAUAGAGAACCUCAAUUGCCGGACAGUAGUAGCUCUGUUUCAAGUGUUUCUGCUCAGCUAUCCUGUAAUACACGGCCACCGCCACCCCCACCCCCGCCCCCACCACCUUUUGGGGGUACAACUAACAAGUCUGUACCUCCUCCACCACCUCCACCACCUCCACUAAGUGGUACAAGUGAUUCUGGAAAGGAGCUUACUCGUCCACCGCCACCGCCACCGCCACUGCCACCGCCUCCUUUCUGUCCUUCAGCACCUAGUCAAGGAAAUUCUACAAAGGCAUAUAUCCCUCCAGCCCCACCACCGCCUCCUCCACCGCCUGGCAUGAGUAAUGUUGUAAAGAAAAGCAACCCUCCACCCCCACCACCCCCACCUCCACCACAUAGUUUGAGUAAUUCUACAAAAGCAAACGUUCCUCCUCCUCCUCCUCCCCCAUUGCCAUCUUCAUCAUUUGGUCUAGGUACCGCUGCAAAGUCAUGUCCACCUCCACCACCUCCGCCUCCUCCAAGGAAUGGCAAUCACAGAGAAGCACCUCCACCGCCUCCGCCUCCUCCAAGGAAUGGUAAUCCUCCUCCACCACCACCACCACCUCAUUCAAGUAAUUCUACGAAGCCAUCUCCACCUCCUCCCCCACCACCUCAUUCAAGUAAUUCUACGAAGCCAUCUCCACCUCCUCCCCCACCACCACCACUUUCAGCCAAAGGUAAUUCCACAAUUACAUCUACACCACCACCUCCACCACCACCUGCACCUCUACGACAAGGCUCAAAACCUGCCCCACCUCCGCCUCCUGCACCAAAGGCUCCUGGAACUCAAGCAUCUGCGCAUGGUGCAAUUCCUGGGCCUCCUCCACCACCUGCACCUAAGGGUUCAGGUGCACCACCUCCUCCUCCACAGUCUGUUGGAAGGGGAAAAACUACAUUAGGGAUGGCUAGUUCAAGAAGUAGAGGUGCUUCUUCAACGACAAAGAAAGCUUCCUUAAAACCUUUGCAUUGGGUGAAGGUUACUCGAGCAGUAAAGGGAAGUUUAUGGGCUGAUACACAUAAGCAGGAGACUCAGGCUAGGGCCCCUGAGAUAGAUAUAUCGGAACUUGAAAGCUUGUUCUCAGCUAAUACUGAUGCAAGUGGUGGGGGUAAAGUAGCAGCCAGACGUGGCCCUAACAUUAACAAACCAGAAAAAGUGCAAUUGGUUGAUUUGCGUAGAGCUUACAACUGUGAAAUAAUGCUUACAAAAAUAAAGAUGCCUCUCCCAGAUAUGCUGAGUGCUGUGCUUGCAUUGGAUUCUUCAACAUUGGACAUUGAUCAAGUUGAAAAUCUGAUAAAGUUUAGCCCCACAAAAGAGGAAAUGGAGACAUUGAAGAAUUACAAUGGGGAUAGAGCUAUGCUUGGGAAAUGUGAGCAGUUCUUCUUGGAGCUGAUGAAGGUUCCACGAGUUGAAUCCAAAUUAAGAGUAUUUGCUUUUAAAAUUACAUUUUCUAUCCAGGUUAGUGAUUUAAGAGGCAACUUGGAAACUAUUAAUGCUGCUUCACGAGAGGUAAGAGAUUCUGUGAAGCUGAGACAAAUUAUGCAGACAAUAUUGACUUUAGGAAAUGCUUUGAACCAAGGAACUGCGAGAGGUUCUGCUGUUGGUUUCAAACUAGACAGCCUUCUUAAAUUAUCUGAUACACGUGCCAGAAACAACAAAAUGACAUUAAUGCAUUAUCUUUGUAAGCUUCUAGCUGAAAAAAUGCCUGAGUUGCUGGAUUUUGACAAGGAUCUUAUCCACUUAGAAGGAGCUUCAAAGAUACAAUUGAAAUCAUUGGCUGAAGAAAUGCAAGCUGUGAGUAAAGGUCUUGAGAAGGUUGAGCAGGAACUUGCUGCAUCAGAUAACGAUGGAGCUAUCUCUGUAGGCUUCCGGAAGGUUUUAAAAGACUUUCUAGACACAUCUGAAGCUGAAGUCAGGUCUCUUACUACCUUGUAUUCAGAAGUGGGAAGAAGUGCAGAUUCGCUUUGUCAAUACUUUGGGGAAGAUCCCGCUAGGUGCCCUUUUGAACAAGUAAUACAGAUACUGUUCGUCUUUGUCAAGUUGUUUAACAAGUCUAGAGAAGAGAAUGCACAGCAGGCGGAAGCCGAGAAGAAGAAAUUGGAAAAAGAAGCGAUGAAAGAAAAAGCAGCUGCUGCUUCUGCUGCAAAGAAGGAAGGAUUGGAUCUUGACAGGUCGAAACUCAAUCCCAUAAAUAGAAGAAGAUAACUUGAGAGAUUGAGAGAUCAAACAUGUAACACGAGAGAUUAAAAGAUGGAAGCUCCUCGGUCCCGGUCCCUCAAAACUCCAGGCUGAGUCUGGAAAUCUGAGUCUCUUGGAUCAUGCGUGCCAAGAACGAUUCAUGUGAACUCGGUCACUGGGUUCUGCUCCUGAUAACUUUUAACGGCAGGAUUCAUGAUUCGGUAUCUUAAGGGUCAGAAAUGAGUUCCUGCAAGUAUAGGUCAUUACAUGACCUGUUAGGCAUCUUUUACAUGCCUCUUUAAGUGUUCCUGCAAUUUUCCAUUCUUAUAUCUUUGUUGUCAUUUCCAUCUGUUUAGAAUAUCAAUGAUUUCUGUGUAUAUUGGGUGUACAUUUUCUGUAAUUAAGAAUAGUAUAGUAUGUUAUUAAUACUCUUUUGUUCCUUUUUUUUCGUAUCUAGUCUUCCCUCCCUAUCUCAGUAGUGUUGAAACAUAAGAAAUAUUAUUGCAUUAUUUUAGUAGUACUUUAAUGAGUUCUCAUUAAAUAACAAACAAUCAACUAUGCUUAAUUUCUUUUAA